CCAUAUCUAAGCACCUUGUUGCCCGCAUUGGCCCAUGGGCCUUGAGUUUUGGCACCCCUGCUUUAGAAGCUUAAUGACCCACAAUAGUUGCACAUUACAUUUAUUAACACACCAACUUGAUUCUUGCCCAAUCACUUGGGCUUAGCUACCCAAUCUCUGUGAGAAUUGGUCAGGACAAGGUCAUGUUCCUUUUUUCUUACCCUCUGCCUUGUGAGAAAAUCCUCAUCCAAACCGGAACCACAGACGUUGGGUUGAGUGAGUCACAGGUAACAGGAAGCUAGAGGCCAGCUCGCUGUUGCAGAGAGCAAGUAGCCACAUGCAGCUGUGAAUGUGAGACCGCUGAGUAAGAAAUGGCCAGAGAGUAAAGGAUUGGUAACUUCUGCGUCUUAGAAAACCUCUAAACUUUACAAGGCUGGAACUACAGUAACACCAAGCUAUGGGUCAAGUGGAGCUGAUUUGGGGUGCCUUCUCCUUGAUGAUUCUGGGGGCCCUUAUCAGCAUGUGCAUGAAAUGCCAACAGAUUGGGAGUAAACAGGAGAAGGCAAAUGUGGACAACCAGAGAACUCAGUGUGAAAACCAACAGGAUUGUGAACGUUCCUAUUUAAGUUCCAUGUCAAAACAGUCACAGAUGAAAGAGACAUUCCAUACAUCAGAACAAAGCAAAAGCAGAAAACUCCCCAGCUUUAAUGACUUUGAAACCUGCAACAAGUCCAGAUUUCAAAAUGUAAAAACAGAGAUUCAAACAGAGGACGACCCUACUUAUGUUGAACCCAUCCCUUCACAUCAUUACUACAAUUGGCAGAACAUCACAAGACUAUCAAAUGGUAAGUGAUUCCCAUGGAUACCAAAAUGUGAUUGGGACAAUCAAAAGUAAUAGAUUUUUGAGAGAUGAAGACAUCUAUGAGAACAGCCUAGCAAUUCAGAUAUGGAAGCAGGCACAGAUUUCAGAAAGCAACAGUGUUAAUCGUAAAGAAGAAUCUAUUUACAUCAAUACAGAACAAUAUAGCAGGUCUCAAGGUAGAGAUGCCCAUUUGUGAGAAAUUGGUAUCCUAAAAUCUACUUUUUAAUGGGUUAGCCUGGGAUUCAGACAAUCUUUCCACCUGUGACUGAAAUCUUCAAGGGCCAAAAUCCAAAAGGAAUGAAAGCAUCCCAAUGCCAACAUACCAGAAGACUGGAUAACAACACUGAACUAGUUUACAGGAUUGUCAUACCUUGUUCUUUCCACAUCUUCCUGGCCCUACUUGUCAGCAUUGUUAUUUCUGACUUACUUUGCGGACCUUAACAUAAUUUAUCACAAUCUCCCGGGUAGUGAAUCUUACUUUGGCAAUAUUUAUGAAGCAUGUCUGGAUUUCAUCUGACCAUAUUGUAGGAUAAUUUUUAAGAAAUCUGCAGAAAUGACAAGCCUCCACAUCAUUAAAUAAAUAAAAUAUAAUAGUGUAAG